CGGUUCCAGUGAUAGGUGCGGCGGUUUCGUUUCGGUGCUCAAUACCUCGUCGUGAGUUUCGUGGACGGAGUUUGCGGUGGAAAUCGUAGAAGGGCCGUUGAAGGGGCUUUGGAAAACGUGUUUUCUUUUUGUUGUCUGCAAGAGGUGCAAGGGCACUAGCCUACCCCUCCCCCCUAUUUCUCCCUCCUUCCCACCCUUCAAAAGGGUUAGUGAACAUGCAGUGCCGAUUUGUUGGAUUGUUACCGUUGUUCUUGUUGUCGCUGACGCUCGGUAGUGUACCUUUCGUGCGAUCGGCACCACAGCCCAUCGAUUUUCUGUUGGGUGAUGAAGAGCUGCAAGCCGUGGUGAAGCCAAUUCCAGCGGAAACGACUACCGCGGUACCAGCCGAAGAACUGCAGCAGCAGCAACAGCAGAAGAAAAAUGAGGAAGACGAACAGCACGAAGAACAAGCGACAGUCGAUCCUGUAGAUGGGGAGCAACAAACGGAAGAUCCCUAUGGUGAUGAUUACACGACAGAAGAGGCAGAAGAAGAGCAGGAGCAUGAAGAGCAGGAACCGGUGACCGAGGAACCAGAAGUUGAUGAGGAACCCGCUACCGAGCCUGUAACGGACGUACCGAAGGACAAUUCGGUGAAGAACGUGACGGAAAAAGUGAAGCCAACAUCAUCGCCACCAUCGACAACAACUUUGCCAAUAACUUCCACGGCACUUCCGGCUGCAUCGGCCGACAGAUCCGAGGAGGAUCGAAGCGGUUCCUCCGAGGAACAACUGACCAUAAACCCAAUUGUUGCUCAAGAGCCCGAAGAUCAAGACUCUGCUGAACUUGCGCAAGAUGUGAACGAUUUCAUACAGGAUCUGGCCAUAGAGGCCAGAGCGCAAGCUAAGGAAGGUCCGAAGGCGGUGAAUCCACCUGCCCCAACGAGCCGUGUUCCGGUGGAACCGUACCCGAGGGAGCUGCCACCAACUAUGCCGGGAUCUACGGGUUACGUUCCGAAAUCCCUCGAAAGCAACGAGGAUUCGAACGAGCAGGAGCAGGUGAAAGUGAAUCCGAUCGUUGAACAGGUGACUAGCGGUCCGGUGUUAACCGAGGAACAGUACCGCACGCUGGUCGAUAAGCUGAACUGGUACGAUCAGCGCCGUUUCACAGGCUUCAACCAGUGGCCAACGAAUGGCUUUCCGCAACGAUCGGCCGGAUUACAGCGCGAUGAACGACAGCGGCAGUAUCAAAGUCAUGGUUCCGAUAGUUUUCAUGGUCACGGCGGAUUUCACCGUGGGGUGUGGCAUUGACGUGAACCACAGAAGCACACCCAAGAAGGAACCGGCCGAUUGACCUUGCCUUUCCGGUGAGGCGCAGCCACAAUAAAGCCGAAUCGAUUAAUACUAAGAUUAUUGUUCCGCGAGAUGCGCGAUGAUGAUGCAGCGUCGUUAAGUCAUCGUGUGAUUGGGGAAGAUGCGCAGACGAUUCACUUGUUACUGUGAUUGAAGGAAGGAAAGCGCGACGCAAUGGCCACCGAGAAUAAAGCGUAA